GCGUCGCGUUGUCCUCUUCGCCUGGGGCCAAGCAGCUAGUCUCGCGCUCUCUGCCUUGCAGCACCACGGGAUCUGGGUGACGCGGGCUGCGGAAGCCAGAGCUGUGCAGACUGCGUCUCCAUCACCUCGCCUGUCGUCUCUCUCCCCUUCUCUCGCUCUUCUCUCCGCCUCGUCGGGCUCGGCCUAAGAGCGAGUGGCAAGAUGGCGGCGCCCAGGAUGCCACCCUCCCGACUGUCGGGCAUCAUGGUGCCAGCGCCCAUCCAGGACCUGGAGGCCCUGCGCGCGCUCACGGCACUCUUCAAGGAGCAGCGUAACCGGGAAACAGCCCCCAGAACGAUCUUCCAGAGAGUCUUGGAUAUCUUAAAGAAGUCUACUCAUGCUGUUGAACUGGCCUGCAGGGACCCUUCCCAAGUGGAGCACCUGGCUUCCAGUCUUCAGCUAAUCACUGAAUGCUUCAGAUGUCUUCGGAAUGCUUGCAUAGAGUGUUCUGUGAAUCAGAAUUCAAUCAGGAACCUGGACACCAUUGGAGUUGCUGUUGACUUGGUUCUUCUCUUUCGUGAGCUUCGGGUGGAACAAGACUCUUUGUUGACAGCCUUCCGCUGUGGCCUGCAGUUUUUAGGCAAUGUUGCCUCACGGAAUGAAGAUUCCCAGUCCAUUGUUUGGGUCCAUGCCUUCCCAGAACUCUUCAUGUCUUGCUUAAACCAUCCAGACAAAAAGAUUGUUGCCUACUGUUCCAUGAUUCUGUUCACAUCUCUUAAUCCUGAAAGGAUGAAAGACCUGGAAGAGAACCUCAAUAUUGCAAUUAACGUCAUAGAAGCUCACCAAAAGCACCCAGAGUCAGAGUGGCCGUUCUUGAUUAUUUCUGAUCAUUUUCUGAAAAGCCCGGAAUUGGUGGAAGCUAUGUAUGGCAAACUCAGCAAUCAGGAAAGGAUCACACUGUUAGACAUCAUGAUAGCCAAGAUAGUGAGUGAUGAGCAGCUGACAAAGGAUGACAUCUCUAUAUUUUUGCGCCAUGCCGAGUUGAUUGCAAACUCCUUUAUGGAUCAGUGUAGGAACGUGCUGAAGUUGACCUCAGAACCUCACACCGAGGAUAAGGAAGCCCUGGUUACGAUUCGGCUCCUGGAUGUCUUGUGUGAAAUGACAGCCAACACUGAGCUUCUCGGCUACCUACAGGUUUUUCCUGGCCUGAUGGAACGCGUGAUUGAUGUUUUACGAGUGAUUCAUGAAGUUGGAAAAGAUAGCACGAACAUCUUCAGCCCCUCUGAUUCUCUGAAAGCAGAGGGUGACAUUGAACAUAUGACUGAAGGGUUUAAGUCUCAUCUCAUCCGUCUGAUUGGAAAUCUGUGCUACAAGAAUAAAGAAAACCAAGACAAAGUGAAUGAGCUGGACGGCAUUCCUCUGAUCCUGGACAGCAGCAACAUCGAUGACAACAACCCCUUUAUGAUGCAGUGGGUGGUGUAUGCUGUGCGAAAUCUCACUGAAGACAACAGCCAAAACCAAGAUGUCAUUGCCAAGAUGGAGGAGCAGGGCUUGGCAGACUCAUCCCUACUGAAGAAAAUGGGCUUUGAAGUUGAAAAGUGUGGGGAUAGACUGAUUCUGAAGUCCAAUAAUGACAUCCCCCAGCCUUGAAUGCCCUCUCCAUCUGAACACAUUCAGAUUCCAUCUCACGGACCUCUCAUCUCUGCAGUGUAUGAAAUCACAAGAAUCGGACAUGUAGGGUACAGAUGCGGGAGCCUCCCAGUCCUUUAGAGUUCAUGUGUAUAAGCUACAAGUGGACAUUUUCUUUAUUUCUCUGCAGUAAGUUUUACUGUCUGCCUCACCUUUGUCCCUUUUGGUAGAACGCUCCUUCCAGUCAUAUACAUUGUGCUUACUGUUGUAGUGAGUAAUAAACGUUUUUGUGGGCACAACCCUCACUCGGCAAA